GUCGCCAACAUAGCCAACUAUCAGAACCAGAGCCUGUUGGGCAGCCAUCACCAUCUGCUCCAUAUCGCCGAACCACAAUUGCAACUGCUGCCCGCAGUGACAACGACGCCGACGCCGACGCCGCCAACGCUGACGACAGCAGCAUCGACAGCUGCCUCCAUAAUACCCAGCACCAACACCAACACCACGCCCAUCGACAACCAACAACACCAGCGGCCAGUGUUUGAAAAAGCCAUCACCAUUUCGUCGAUUGCGAUUAAACGCAGGCCGACGCUGCCGCAAACGCCAGCGAGUGCCCCACAGGUGUUGUCGCCGUCGCCCAAGCGCCAGUGCGCCGCCGCCGUUUCGGUGCUGCCCGUGCCCGCAGCAGCAGCAGUUGCCGCGCCCGGUGCCCAUCUGCAGUACGCCACCUCGCCGGCAGCAGCAGCAGCAGCAGCCGCCGCCGCCGCCGCAGCAGCAGCAGCCGCAGCGCUCAAGGGCCAUCAGCUGAGCUUUGCACACCCCACUCAGUUUGCGGCCGCCGUUGCCGCGCACCACCAGCAACAGCAGCAGCAGCAGCAGCAGCAACAGCAACAGCAGGUUGCCUACGCACACCAGCAACACCAGCAGCAGCAGCAACAGCAGCAGCAGCAGCGUUUGGCCCAGUUCAAUCAGGCAGCCGCCGCCGCUGCCUUGCUCAACCAGCAUCUACAGCACUCGGCCGUUGCAGCUGCCGCGGCGCAUCAGCAACAGCAGCAGCAGCACGUGGCGGUGCUGCAGCACCAGCACCAACAGCAACAGCAGCAGCAGCAGCAAGCGCCUGCCCAUUAUAGUGGAUAUCAGCUGCGCCACGCUCACGCACAGUACGCACCACAGCAACAACAGCAGCACUUGGUGCUGAGCAACAGCAACAGCAACACCAAUAAGCAACACCAACAGCAGCAGCAGCAGCCACCAGCAGCAACCACUGCGCUAAGUGUUGCCACAGCAGCAGCAGCAACAGCAGUCAACAGCAGCAACAAUACCAACUCCCCGGGCAGCUCCACGCACGAGUCACAGUCGCACGAGUCGGCGCCGACGACUCCCUCGCCGGCAGGCAGUGCCAGUGCCGCAGCAACAGUCGCCAGCGACAGCAACAACAACAACACCAACACAACAACAACAGCAGCAACAGCAGCGACAACAAUAAGCAGAGAAGCCAGCAUAAUGGAAAAUCAAAUGGCGCUCGCCCCGCUGGGACUCUCACAGAGCAUGGACUCCGUGAACACGGCCAGCAAUGAGGAAGAGGUGCGCACAUUGUUCGUCAGCGGCUUGCCAAUGGAUGCUAAGCCACGCGAGCUCUAUUUGCUAUUCAGAGCCUAUGAGGGCUACGAAGGAUCUCUACUGAAAGUAACUAGCAAAAAUGGCAAAACAGCAUCGCCCGUUGGGUUCGUAACAUUCCAUACAAGAGCCGGAGCCGAGGCAGCCAAACAGGACCUGCAGCAGGGUGUACGCUUCGAUCCCGAUAUGCCCCAAACAAUUCGCUUGGAAUUCGCCAAGAGUAACACGAAAGUGAGCAAACCCAAACCACAGCCCAAUACAGCGACAACAGCCUCACAUCCUGCAUUGAUGCACCCACUCACUGGACAUCUGGGCGGGCCAUUCUUUCCGGGCGGACCCGAGCUAUGGCAUCAUCCGUUAGCGUAUUCAGCAGCCGCCGCCGCUGAGCUGCCCGGUGCCGCUGCCUUGCAGCAUGCAACACUCGUGCAUCCGGCACUGCAUCCGCAGGUGCCCGUACGCUCCUAUCUCUGACUAAAUACAGACAAAGUAAUGGAGCAGCCUAUGCAUCAAACUCAAAUGACAAUGCCACAUCAUCAGACAACUGCAACCGCUUUACAUCCCAGCCAGCAGGCGGCCAUGGCGCACUUGGCCGCUGGCGGCGGUGGCGCCGGUGGUGCUGCUAGUGCGGCAGCCGCCGCUGCUGCUGCCGCUGCGGCGCCGCAAGGUGCUGCAGGCAACCCAGCAGCAGCAGCCGCUGCAGCCGCCGCCGCCGCCGCUGCGGCCGCAUCACAUCAUCAUUUUUUAUCCAGUCCCGCUCUGGCUAGCCCCGCCGGCUCCACCAAUAAUGCCGCGCAUCCAGCCAACCCACAAAUAGCCGCCAAUGCGCCCUGCUCGACGCUGUUCGUAGCCAACUUGGGUCAGUUCGUGUCCGAGCACGAGCUGAAGGAGGUGUUCUCUAGUAUGCCUGGCUUUUGUCGCCUCCGAAUGCACACAAAAGGUACGCACAAUAUCACAACUUCUAUGCCUCCAACUUUGUCUUCAACUCUGCCUUCUCCAACACCAACUUCAACUUUCCACACUGCAACUGUGAACCGCCAAUUGUCAACAGCAGCAGCAGCAGCAGCCACAAAUUGCAAUACCAGCAGCAGCAGCAGCAGCAGCAGCAACAGCAACUCCAAUUCUGGCCAGCAGCAACAGCAGCAGCAUCCGGUAGCCUUUAUUGAAUUCAACGAUGCUCCGAGUGCUGCGCAGGCCAUGCAUCAGCUGCAGGGCAAGUACUUGCUCAGUUCAGAUCGCGGCUGCAUACGCAUCGAAUACGCCAAGACCAAGAUGCUAAACGAGCUGUCGCUGCCGCUAAUGAAUGGCAAGCCAGCAGCAGCAGCAGCAGCAGCCGCAGCAGCAGCAGCACAACAGCAACAACUAUUUUUAUUGAAUGGCGGCUUGGAUUUGGGGCAUGUUGCGAAUGCCAAUAUGCUCGUCGCGGCACAGGCAUCGGCCCAACAACAGCAACAGCAACAGCAGCAACAKUUUCAGCUACAGCAACAGCAAAUGCAACAGCAGCAACAGCAGCAGCAGUUACAGCAACAACAACAACAGCAGCAACCACUACAAGUACAGCCAACUGCAGGCUGCACCAGCACCAGCACCACUAGCGUUGUUGUUAACUCACUACAGCACCACCAACUUCAUCCAAAUCAGCACCACCAAAAUCAUCUCUUUAGAGACAGGAGCGGGUAUGGAAUCAAGGCAUGAUUUGCUCGCUAAGAAACUAGAGCGUGAAAUGCAGCAGCAGCAGCAGCAGCAGCA